CUCCCUUACUGAGAUGCCACUAUUUCCGACUGCACCUGAAGGCGGCACAGACCCCUCAUCCAGUGCAUCACAGCGACGCCCUGCGCGGAUAUAGAUAGAUAGAUAGACAGAUAGAUAGAUAGAUAGAUGCCCCUUGUGUUAAAACCACGGGACCGUAACAGCUGUGCCAUCUGCUUUAUGCGAAGGGUCGUGCUGAAGCCUGGGAGCGAAGCAGCGGCAGCAUGCAGCGGAGCGCGGUGGUCGUGGUGGCGGAAAAAACGACCCUGAAAAGGCCGUUUAUUUUCGCGAACGCCGUGCAUAUGGCGCUGUGCUUCUUCAUGCUGACAAUGACAGUAGCUUGGCACAGAGACCUCAUACAGACUGGCAAACUGGUGUCCAGCGUUUCUGUGGUGUUAAUGUACGUCAUAGAGAUCGGCUGCCUGCUGCUCUCAGUGCUGGGUGUGUUUGGAGCCUUUAAAGGAAAGAGAUGGUGUUUGAUUCUGUAUGCAACUGGGAUGGCGGCGGCCAGUCAAACAAUAAUUGUUAGAACAGCGCUAAGCUACCAAGAUCUUUAUGAGAAACGUGUAGUCCGUGAAGAGUCAAAGUUGCUGUCCAUGAUGCCGCUCAGUGGAGCAAGCAAAGCCAACAGGACCCUGCUGUAUAGUAUUCAAGAAGAAUUUGAGUGCUGCGGUCUUAUUGAAGGCUACAAAGACUGGGGCUCUUUCAUCCCUGCCUCCUGCAACUGUCAGUAUCCAGGAAAAUGUAUUCGACUACGGGGCAGCGCCACACUCGGGGCUCCAAAGAACCAGUAUGUUUAUCAAGAGCCUUGCCUACCGAUUUAUGUCUCCGAACUAAAGCUUGCAUUCUCAUUGGCGAUGGGUAUACAAUUUGGAAGCGGAGUGUUUUGGAUGGUUUUACUUGUUAUGAGCAUCAAGCUCAUGGGCCAGAUAAGGAGAAAACAGGAAUUCAUGGCUCUUCUCCAAUCAAACAGAUAUGUCCCUGGUGCCUUCUAGUAACAUAGUCCGUUUUAAUACAUACUUCAAAAUAUUAUCAAGCGUACCUUGUUUGAAUUUGCACACGUAAACACAUUACGCCGUCUACCAUAAGCUGGCUAUUUUGUGCUAUAGCAACAUAUCUUAAAUUAUGAUUUUCUAAGUGUUAAUGCAUGUAACUGAUAUUGAAAAGUAAUCUACAUGCAUAGAACAAUUUCAAAUGAUUUUUUUAAUUACUGUGGCAAAAACAGUGAAGUUUAAUAAAAUGAAAUUAACUUAUCUUUAAUAAUCAUCACAUUUUCAAGAUCCUGUUCUAAAUGAAUAUCUUACCAAGCCACGUGUUUUUCUGGCAUUUUGACAUUUACAGUUAGUGUCGUCUUAUUCUGAUAUGAUUUAUCUCCAUUGCCUCCACACCUGGACACAUCAGUGAGUCUUUGUAAAGGCAGAUAUUAAUCCAAUCCCAUCUCCUGUACCUAACAUUCUCAAACACAUGCACCGAACACAUUUGUGUUCGUCAGCUGGACCAACCUCUUUUAAACAUAUUCAAAUAUUUGUACUUGUCUUUAGCACACACAUUGGGUUUUCAGCGUUAGAGCAAACAAUAAUCUUUGAAGAAAUAAUAAUAUGAAUAACCAUUAUGUAGUGUCUUUCCUAAACAGUGUUUACAAAAUGCUUUGAUUAAAAUCUAAUGAUUUAUUUAUUAUUGAGCAAUGUACUUCCUUGGGUAAAUAAUCAGGUUAGACAAAGGAAUGAGUCAAAGUUCUCACUGGGAUACCAGAAUGUCUUGAUGCCUUGUUAUGCACAUUGUAUAUUUGAAACUUCAUAACUUCAUUCAAUUUUUCUUAAAGCACAUGUAGUGAUUAAAUGAUAUAUGGUCAUGUCCAUUAGGAGGAGAGGGGAUUCUGUUUGGUUGCACAUUCAGUAGACAUGCCAGUAAAUUCUCAAUGAUUUUCGCCUCCAAAAUUGGAUUUGAAGGGGUGGAGAAAUUUUGGCAUGGCCACUGCAGACAGGCUUUGAGAGGCUCCUGUUGAAAAAUAUUUCAUCAGUAUUGUGAGAUUUUACUGUCCCAAAGAAGAAGCCUUCACGCCUCAUCACUCCAAAUAUGACUUGCUGCAUGAGCUGCCUGCAGUUGAAAUGUCUCCUUGACUUAUGUAUUGUCAAAUGAAUUUCAUCUGAAACAGCAAAUCCAAUGUCUACCUGUGCACUUAAACCAUGAAUGCCUAAUAUACAUGUUCUGUAAAGUAUGGUAUAUUUAUUUCUGUCAUGCAGGUUUUUUUUUUUUAAUUUAUGGAAUGGAGUUAUGUAAUAUUUUGUAAAUAGCAGGAAUAAACAGUGAUUCUUGUUCCUUUGA